AUGAAGAACUUGCGUUUGUGGAAAGUUUCAACAAAGAAACGAAUAAUAGAAUGUAAUGAUAAAUUUUUUGUUGGUUACGGCCAUCCUGAUGAUUCUUGCACCGGUGAAUUCUUCGUAUGCUCGGUCAAUGGUGUCGUUAGCUGCUUUGACAGCGAUGGCAACAAAAAGUGGCUUAUUGAACUCCCCAAUGAGGCAGUCCAAGAAAACUUACCAGUUAAUGUUUCCUUUUUAUCGCUAUCUAAUUCUGUAAGUGUAGGCAUGUCAAAUGGGGAGUUAUUUACUAUUAAUGAUUCUGGAAGUACCUGCGACCUCGCUGGCGUCUGUGGAAAUGGAUUACUGGCCAUGGAGUGGAGUCCAGAUCAAGAACUAUUAACACUGGUAACCAAAGAUCUGAAAGUGAUACUAAUGUCUUGCACAUUUGACCCAAUAAAUGAAUAUUACUUGCUGAGUGAAGAUUUUGGAGAAAAACAAUUUAUUACUGUUGGUUGGGGAAAGAAAGAAACUCAAUUCCAUGGCUCCGAAGGAAAACAAGCGGCAAAAGCAAAAACUGAAGUUGUAGGUGACAUGAGUGAAUCUAAUAAUAGAGUUAUUAUCUCAUGGAGAGGGGAUGGAGACUUGUUUGCCGUUGGGUUUGUUAUUGAUGGCAUAAGACGAUUUAAAGUAUUUGACAGAGAAGGUAACUUGCAGUAUACAAGUGAAAAACAACCUGGUCUUGAAGCCAACCUGUCUUGGAGGCCUAGUGGAAAUUUAAUAGCAACUACACAAAAACUCCCUGAAAAAUAUCUUGUAUCAUUCUUUGAGAAGAAUGGUCUUAAACAUGGAGAAUUUAUAAUACCUGUCAAUUCAACUACUACUGUUGAAGAUAUCUUCUGGAGCUCUGAUUCUGAGAUCUUAACUCUAUUAUGCACAGACAAAGCUGAUAAUACUCAACAGAUUUUACUCUUUACAUCAAGCAACUACCAUUGGUAUCUUAAACAGCAGUUAUUUUUCAAUGCUGACCAGAAAAUUACUAAACUAAUGUGGGAUAAUGAUUUUGAUGUUGCGAAUAAUAAAAAAAUGCAUCUUAUACUAGAUAAUGGUCAGUACCUUGCAUAUACUUGGAUUUUUGAUAUAAAUCACAGUUAUGGAAAAUCUGAUAAAGAUGAUGCAAUUGUAUCUGUGAUAGAUGGAAACAAAGUUUUACUCACAGCCUUUAGAUAUACAGUUGUGCCACCGCCAAUGGCUGGUUUUGAAAUGGAAUUUGAUUCAAGCAUAAAUUCUAUUCAUUUUGCACCUUAUUACCUAGACUCAAAUUCAUUUUUCAUAUGUAUGAAUGAUAAAUUAGUAUUUAUGGAACAAAUACAAAAGAAUCCCCUUGAAUAUAAAAUAACUAAAAUAAUACAUAGUGAAAAAUCUGAGUUUCCUUUUCAAUUUUAUAAUUGGCAUUGGUUGGAUAAUGAGACUAUAUUGUGUGCUGCAGUUGAUUGUGAUGAUAAUAACAAAAUUAUUCAAUACAAAAUAUCCUCAGAAAAAUUAAUCAGACACAGUGAACAAUUAAUACCUUUUGCUUUAACACAUAUUGUUAGUCAUCCCUUAAUAAAUACAAGUGUUUUCUUGCAAAUGGAUUCUGGUGAAAUUUUAGAAUAUAGUUCAGAUAAUACUAUUCAGCUACAAGAUAUAGUACUACCAGAAACAUGUCCUAUGUUUAAUGUUUUCUCAGUUGAUGAUGAUACAUAUUUCUUAGGACUUUCACACAAGGGACACUUGUACAUAAACAAUAGUUUAGUCAUGAAUAAUGUGAAUUCUUUUUAUGUUCAUACCAGUUAUCUUUUAUUGACAACAUUGAAACACAUGCUUCUUUGUAUUGAGCUCACAAAAAUGGGUCUAGAUGCAUUGGAAUCAUAUGAAAAAACUGAAUCACCCAAUGUUUAUAGUAGAAAAGUGGAAAGAGGGGCUAAGUUAGUUAUUUCAGUGCCCAAUGGUACAAGAACUAUUUUCCAAAUGCCCAGAGGAAAUUUGGAAACAAUCCAACCAAGACCUCUGUCAUUGAAAAUUAUUGGAGAAUAUCUUGACUCAUUAAAGUACUAUGAAGCCUUUGAUUUAAUGAGGAAGCAGAGAAUAAACUUGAAUUUGAUAUAUGAUCACAAUCCUAAACUUUUCAUAGACAAUAUAAAUGUUUUUCUAGCAUCUAUAAAAAGCAAUUCAUGGCUCAGCCUUUUCUUAUCAGACCUCGAAAAUGAAGAUGUUACUCGAACUAUGUAUUCAAGCAGCUAUCCUGAAAGAAAAAAUACUACUGAUAUAGAAACUUUAAGAAAAAUACAUCAUGUUUGUGGUAUUUUAAGAAAUUGUUUGUCUUCUUCCUCUGAUAGUAAGGAAAGAAUAUUACCAUUGCUGACAACUUAUGUGAAGAAAAAUACAAUAGAUGACCUAGAAAAGGCAUUAAAUGUAAUAAAAGAACUUAAAGUACAAGAAUCUGCUGGUUCAAAAUUACCAGUCACCUCAGAUGAGGCCCUAAAAUAUUUGUUAUACAUGGUGAAUGUUGAUCAACUAUUUGAUGUUGCACUUGGAAUGUAUGACUUUGAUCUUGUUUUAUUAGUUGCUAACAAAUCACAGAAGGACCCAAAAGAAUAUGUCGCUAUGCUGAAUGAAUUAAAUGAAAUGGAUGAAAAUUAUAAAAGAUUCACAAUAAACAAACAUUUAAAAAGAUUUGAUAAGGCCGUCCAAUCACUUGCUAAAUGUGGUGCAUCUAGGUAUGAGGAGUUAAAAACUUUUGUUAAAUAUCACAGUCUUUAUAGAGAAGCAUUGGACCUCUUUACUAAAGAUGAUGAAAUAUACAAACAGAUUUGUGAUGACUUUGGCCUAUACUUAAAAUUAAAAAAACAAUAUGUAGAGGCUGGUAUUAUAUAUGAAACGGCUAAAAGUAUUGAUAAAGCCAUUGAAUGUUACAAAGACGCACUUGAGUGGGAAUUAGUUUUGAAUUUAGCCCGAAAUAAAACAAAGCAAGAAUUAAAAGACCUAUGUUGGGAUAUUGCAAACGCAUUAAAAGACGAAAAGAGGUUUACAGAGGCAUUGACAGUUUUGGACACAAUAAGUGAAGAUGGUGAAGAUGUAAUUUGUAUGGCUAUUGAAUGUGCUCAAUAUAAAACCGCUUUAAGAUUAUGUUCAAAAUACAAUAAGAGAGAUUUAAUUGUUAAAAGUUUAUUGCCAUCUCUAAUGAAUGAAUACAACAACACGAAGGACUUGCUGGAAACCAACUCGAAUAAAUUUAUUACGUACAGAAAUCGUCUUCAAGUUGUUAGAGAAAAUAAAAGUAAAAAACCUGCUGAAAACUAUGAUUCGUUCGCUACGAGGGAUUGCGAUUUAUAUUCUGAUGCUGGCAGCACGAUUGCAUCUUCAGGCUCUGGGAGGUCAUACCGAUCGAGUAAAAAUCGCAGGAAGCAUGAACGUAAAGUGGCAUCACUUAAGGAAGGUUCUCAGUAUGAAGACACAGCGCUUGUAUUAGCAUUACACAGCUUAAUAACAACAACAUUUGAUAUGCGUUCAUCAAUAAAGGAACUUAAUAUUGCUUUAUGUUGUUUAGAAAAAAAUAAGGAAGCAUUAGAUCUGCAGUCAAGUCUCGGAAAAUUACUUAAAGAUAUGAAAGAAAGCUUUAAACAGAUUUGGAGCAAUAAUUUCACAUUAGAAGCUACAAACGCGGCCAUUGAAGCAGAAAAUGUACCAGAAGGAUGCAGUGUGAUACCUCAGGGAAUGGCUACCCUUGAACCUCAAAUUAGGAUAGCACCUAUUAUACAUGAUAUACCAUGGAUGCUUGAUGGACUUAACUAG